AUAAAAAAAGUGCUGAGAGCACUUAUUGGAAAAAGUCAAGAGAAUUGUAAGAGAAGUGGUUGGGCCAAGAGAGAACAUGAAACGGAAGCAGAAAGAUCCUUAUAAUCUUUGAAAUGGACUUGUAAUGUUUCAGAAAGAAGGAAGGAAAAAGGGCAGCAGCACAGCCUGGAUCCUAGAUGUUAUAGGACAGAAGAAGAGGAAGUGUUCUUGACUUGAGUUCUGGUCUCUGGAGUGUGGGUCUCUACGUGGAGGGAGGGGGAGGACGAACCUGCAGUUCCAAGAGAAUGGAGAAAAUUCUACAGAUAGUGGUGUUUGCAAAGGCCUUCAUCAGCUGCAGCGCCCUCCUGGACCUGUCUGGCCUCCACCAGGUCAAUGGGACAUGGAAGGGAUCCACCACUUUACCUUGUACCUACAUACCCUCAGAAGGUUUCACACAGCACACACUCGUCUGGAGUGUGACCCGAGACUACAGCACCUCCACCAUCUUCCGCAGGGAUGACUCUGGUGACCAUGUCUUGUUGUCUCGGUUCAGAGACCGUGUCACUGUCCCAAAGAACAGACCAGGGGAUGUCACACUGCAAAUCAAGAACCUCGAAAUCCCUGACAGUGGACACUACACUUGUCAAGUCACGUGGAGCUCCAAAAAUAACAACUUGCUAACAAAGGAGAUGGCCACUACAGUUAAAGUAGUGAAAGUUGCGGUGACGAAGCCCGUGGUCAGGGCUGGGGAGUGGGGCCUGACACUCCCGGCAGGAACCAGGACCAGCCUGACGUGUGUGGCCGGCGGCUCCCCCCCCAUCAGCUACCGCUGGUUCCAGGGGGAGCCGGGAGGAGCAGCCCGGCGCCUGGGCAGCAGCGCCGAGCUCACGUUCGACAGGCUGCAGCCCUCGCACUCGGGGAAGUAUUACUGCGAGGCAGAGAACUACAUUGGGGUGCUGGUCACCCAGCAGAGUGAUGCCGUGGAGCUCGCCGUGAGAGAUCUGGUAGCUACGACGCAGCCCACCCCCGCACAGGACACCAGCUCGGCGGGAGCCUCCGUUGCCACAGGGCUGCAGCGCCGCCACCUGCCGCUCUACGUCGUCUUCCUGCUGGCCGGACUCUGUGGGGUCGCGCUCGUCUCCAUCGCUAUGGCCAUCGCCUGUCGACGGAAGGCAAUGGCGCAGGACGAACCUCUCUAUGAAGUUGCUUUCCAUAGCACUGCAGAUGGCACGAGAACAGAGACUGCUAAGGACCAGGAAGAUGUAAAUUCUAGGACUGAAGCAUCAUACGAAACUAUCACCAUGAAAAGCAAUGACUACAGCAACAUAUGCACUGGGAAAAACACUGAAUGUGAGACCCUUGUGAAGGCUAUGGAAUCAGAAUAUGAGUAGAAAUUUUCUAGCAGACCAUCUGCAGCAUUUCCACGUGAGCAGUUGUGCAGAAGACGGAGCUACAGAUCUUGAGUGGUGAAUUCUACCAAAGGAAACUAUUUUUCCUGCCUGCCUACAAUGCUGAUAAAUAUUCCAGUCUUGUUGCUUUAUUUAACCUGGGGAACUGCAUACUCUUGGGCUCGGACAGUUAAGGUCCUGCCCCUCAGUGCAGAAACUCUCAGCCAAGUGGCUCUCUAUCUACAGUUAUGGCGCUAUAAAUUUAGGAGCAGCCUGGAGGACAAAGGUGAGGAAGAAGGGACUGGAGGAGCAGAAACACUAAAGCUUUUAGCCUGCAGGUCUAGGUGUAGCUGGCUGCAGCACUGCUGGCCAGUGAAGCCACAGGGUGUAUUCUCAAACGUGUUCUCCUGUUGGGAAUCAGACUGCAGGGAACCAGGAACUGUGCCCGGGGUGGAAUGUUACAUAGUGUCUACAACUUGUACUACAACAAAUACUGGUGGCACAGCUUGUUUGCCCUUAAGUCUUUUCAU